AUGUUAAGUCAAGUUGUGGCCCAUCAAGAUGGACAGAGAGAUAAUCGACAGGAAGUGGCUGAUACUUCAAGGAUCCGUGAUUUUUUAAGGAUGAACCUACUAAGCUUCACAGGUUCAAGUGUCACAGAGGAUCCAGAGAACUUUGUUGAAGAGCUUCAUAAAAUUUUUGAGACUAUGCAUGUUGUAUAUGCUGAGAGGGUGGAACUAGCUGCAUACCAAAUGAAGGGUUCAAGCAAGGAAGGCAAGGCAACGAUGUUGAUAGGGGAUAUGGACAUAGCAAGGCUAAUGAUCUAUUUGCAACAAGUUGAGGAGGAUAAGUUGAAGGAUCGAGAAGAGUUUAAGAAUAAGAGGAUUAAGACAUCAGGGAAUGAGUUCAGGCAGCAAAAGAGUAGUGCGAACUGGGGCAAUAGUGCCCAACUUUCUUCAGUUGCUCCACCAGACAGAGCUGCACCUCGAGGACCUACUUCAGCAUUGUUGAUAAGUGUAGCAAAUGCCCAACAAUGUGGAAGUCAAGCUGGUGGAGCUUUGUGUGCCAAUGGGUUGUGUUGUAGUCAAUAUGGUUAUUGUGGCACUACUAGUGCUUACUGUGGAUCAGGAUGCCAGAGUCACUGCAACUAA